UAAAAAUGGAAAAAUAAACAAAAUGUUCAAUGGGAUUAUUCUUAUUUCUUAUAUUUCGUGUUGUGUUGAGCGUGAGUCUUGGUGUCCAUGAAAUGAGGAUAAGCGACGAGAUCGAACGGCACAAAGCUGGCUCCCCCACUGACUCGUGCUACAUUGUUUGAAUUCAGAUCUACGAUUUCAGGUGUGUUAGUUAUUUAACUGGCGAGUGGCGCGAGGCCAGCAGCAGUGUUGUUGCGUAACUAACUAACUAACUAAGCAUGGGAAAGUCGUACCCAACGGUGAGUGAAGAUUACGAGAAGGCCAUUGAGAAGGCGAGGAGAAAGUUGAGGGGAUUGAUCUUCGAGAAGCAAUGCGCUCCCCUUAUGCUCCGUUUGGCAUGGCACUCGGCGGGUACGUUCGACGUGAAGACGAAGACGGGUGGUCCAUUCGGAACCAUGAAGCACGAAGCUGAACAAAAGCAUGAAGCUAACAGGGGGCUUGAUAUUGCUGUCAACCUCUUGGAGCCUCUCAAGCAGCACUUCCCUAACAUUACAUACGCUGAUUUUUACCAGUUGGCCGGCGUUGUUGCCGUUGAGAUUACCGGUGGCCCCGAAGUUCCUUUUCACCCUGGCAGAGAGGACAAGGCUGAUCCACCUCCAGAGGGUCGCUUGCCCGAUGCAACAAAGGGUAAUGACCAUUUGAGGGAGUUGUUUGUGCAAACAAUGGGACUCACUGAUCAAGAUAUUGUUGCCCUUUCUGGUGCUCACACCCUUGGUAGGUGCCACAAGGAUCGUUCUGGAUUUGAGGGUCCUUGGACUUCCAAUCCUCUGGUUUUUGACAACUCAUACUUCACGGAACUGGUGGGGGGCGAAAGGGACGGACUUUUGCAGCUCCCAACUGACAAGGCAUUGCUGGAGGAUCCUGUUUUCCGCCCUCUUGUUGAGAAAUAUGCCAAAGAUGAAGACGCAUUCUUUGCUGAUUACACUCAAGCUCACUUAAAGCUCUCCGAACUUGGGUUUGCUGAUGCCUAAUUAAGAAACGGGACACCAGGAGGGAUCUUGAAGGAUCACAAAUUCUCUUUAUCUUUCACAAAGCUUACAUGAUUUUUAAGGCAAUGACUUGUGAUAGAAUCCAGAAACAGAUUUUGGGACUAGUUUUUUUUUUUUUCUCCGGCUGGCGCGACGAGCUUUUGAUGAGUAAUAACAAUUUUCAUGAUAUUUUUUUUUUAAAAUAAAUACUAUGACUUGGGGAUUAUAUUUUC